CAUCAUAUCAUUGCAAAAGUGUUGGAAAAUAUGUUAUUCAGUUCGGAUUGUUUAUCACUCGAGAGAAUGGAAUAUUACUACAAGUUUAGACUUUUUAUCUUAAUUUGGCUCCUAUGUGCAUUCAGGGUGGCUAUCGGCCUUGAACACAAUGUUGAAGAAUGUUCUAGCGACAAUCCAUGCAUUACGCAACAGAGGAUUUUUCCGCACCAUCCCAAAACGGGACUCGAGAUUGGAGAUCCUUGCUCAUUCAGUUACAAUUGUCUUAGUGGUUGUUGCUUAAAGGACAAGAAUGGAAAAACCCGUUGCCGCAGGAAGAGCAGGAAAGAAGAACGUUGUUCAGUUGGACAGAUCAAGUUAGAUAUGUACAUGGAUUAUUGUCCCUGUGAAAUGGGCAACAAAUUUUGUUCAGAUGAUCCCGAGCCCAGGUGUCUAGGUUGACGUCAACACAACGAAGUGAUCAAUUUCAUCUUGUAAAGUUUUCUUAAUUUAUGAAUAUAUUUUUAUAUGAGUUUAUUUCGUUCACCUUA